AUGUCAAACCUGAUGCCACACCUGAUGCCACACCCGAUGCCACACCCGAUGCCACACCCGAUGCCACACCCGAUGCCACACCCGAUGCCACACCCGAUGCCACACCCGAUGCCACACCCGAUGCCACACCCGAUGCCACACCCGAUGCCACACCCGAUGCCACACCUGAUGCCACACCUGAUGCCACACCUGAUGCCACACCUGAUGUCACACCUGAUGUCACACCUGAUGCCACACCUGAUGCCACACCUGAUGUCACACCUGAUGCCACACCUGAUGCCUGGAUCUGAAGCGCCACAGAGUAAGCUGAGAAUGUUUUACGUGGUGAGAGAAGUUUAA